AUGACAUUUGGGGAACUUGUUCGAAGAUUAUCUGAAACUGAAUUUCGAGAGUUUGAAAGUUUGCAUCUUAAUAUAAUGUUAAUAGACUAUCUUUACGAAGUGAAUAUGUUUUUAUUUGAAUUAUUGUCCCUUAGAAUAGCAAGAAAUGGAAUCAAUCUUGUUUGUAUCCCAUCGACAUUAGUUUUUAUAGAAGUUGCUUCUACUAUGGAACAAUAUUUGUUAAAUUCAUUGCCAAUUACGGGAUAUUUAACAAGGCAACAUUUAACCUGGAAUAUCGAUAAUCUUAUUAUUUCCCAUAGCCAUAAAAGCUCAACUCAAAUAGUUGCGAGAUAUUUGGAUGCACAUGAUCAAAAUGUCAUUAAUGGAAUAGAUAUUGACUUCACAGAAGAUGAUGAGCCAAUACCUCAAGAACGUUGUCAACAACUUUUUCAGAAUUAUUUCUUUAAAAAUCGUACUCAAGAUGUUGCAUCGUAUCGUUUUCUUGAAAUAUUUAUUAACGUUCUUGCUGAUCAAUUAUUACGGAUGUCUUCAAGUGCAUUUUUCCGUGUAGAAUUACUAACGCAGAUGGUAAAUGACAAUAAUAUCAGAAAAACUUUGCUGGAAACUUUAAUGGACGUUUCUUCUGAUUUCGCGACACGUUCUGUGAACUCUAAAGCAGAUCAAUUAAAGAAUUUAUCUGAUGCAGCAAAUGCAAAUUUAGGAACUAUUAAGCAUUGGGAAGAUUCAAACCAUUUAUUGGUAUUUUUCUUAUCGCAGACACCUGAUUCUAUUUGUGCUCUUUACCGUGACAGAAAUAAGGUUCCGCAAAAUGUUAAAAACUUGUUAAGUAGUCAACAUGUUGGGACACCUGGAAUAGCUAAUGAAUUCAUACUGGACAAUUAUGAUGAGAUGUCCCCGGAUAGAAUUUUAGAAAAGUUGGAAUGCUUGGCGCGUAAUACACUUGAAGAACGCAAAUAUCCACCAUAUGCGCUUUCUACGGAUAAUCUUUUAAAAAUGGCAUUGAUCCUUUUGCGAGCCCGUGCUAAUGUUCCUGUUGUUUGUUGUGGAGAAGCUGGAUGUGGAAAGUUUGAAGCUUUAAAUUUACACGCUGGUAUAAAAGAACAAGACAUCCUAGAUUUCAUGGCAGAAGCAGAAAAAACAGCACAAGAACGUCAAAUAUGGUUAUUUUUUGAUGAGAUAAAUACAUGCAACCAUAUAGGAUUACUGGCUAAUCUCAUAGCACAUAGGAGAAUUUUUGGUCGAAAAAUCCAUCACAAUAUCAGACUCUUCUCAGCUUGCAAUCCAUAUCGAUUACGGCUAAAAAGUGACACACAAGCAGGUCUUUUGGCAAAAAGAUAUGAAGAACAUAGUAAUUUAGUUUACCAGGUUCAUCCACUUCCUGACCAAAUUCUGGAUUACGUUUGGGAUUACGGUGUAUUAAAACCAUCAGAUGAAAAAAUCUAUAUUAGUAUUAUGGUUAAGAAAAACUUAGAAGGAGAAGGAUUAGCAUCCAAAUUAUUUACUGAAUUAUUAUUUGCUUCGCAAGAAUUUAUCCGACAACAUGAAGGAGCACAUAGUGUUAGUUUGCGAGAUGUAAAACGUGCCAUUACACUUGUUAAGUACUUUCACAAGAGCCUAAUUGAUCGUCCACGUCCUAGUCGUUCAAAACAUCAAUAUCCUGCUCCUAUUGGAAUGGGAAAAGAGGGUCAAGGAAUUGUUAUUCGAUCUUAUAUUCUAGCUUUAAGUCUUAGUUAUCAAGUUAGAAUAUUUGAUCAAACAUUACGUAAACAAUAUCGCGAAAUAAUAUGCAAAGUAUUUAAUGAAUUCAAGAUAGCAAAAGCAACACGAGCCAUGACAGAAGAUCUCUUUCUAAAAAUUAUUAAGGAAGAACAGAAAGAUUACAUCGUUAGAAUGACAAAGCCACCGCAAACUGCAGAGAACGAUGCAUUACUUGAAAAUGUGCUUGUAAUGAUUGUUUGCAUAUUUACCAAAAUUCCCGUAUUUAUUAUCGGUGCACCUGGGGCGUCAAAAUCAUUAGCAAUUCGUUUAAUUAGUCAGAACCUUCGCGGUGCUGAUUCGGAUGAUCCAUAUUUUAAAACAUUGCCACAAAUUUAUAUUAUUCCAUAUCAAGGUUCAUCUUCAUCCACUUCUGACGGCAUUGUUAAGGUCUUUAAAAAGGCACAAAAUUAUCAAACAACCAUUGGAUUGGCCGAGACAAGUCCACAUAAUCCAUUGAAGGUUUUACAUUCUUUGCUAGAACCAAGUUAUCCAGCAGAGUAUCCAAAUGUUUCAGUUGUAGGUAUAAGCAAUUGGAGAUUGGAUAAUUCCAAAUCAAGUAGAGCGCUGCCUAAAUUUGAAGAAAAAGAUUUAAUUGAUACAGCAGAUAGAUUGUUCGAAAAUAAUAAAACAUGGAUGAAACGUUUUAAUGCUGCUUCUAGUGCUAAGAAAACAAAGCUUGAAGCAUUAGCUAAUUCAUAUUUAGAGUAUGAGAAAAAACAACCUAUUGAUAAUUUUCAUGGACUCCGAGAUUAUUACUCUUUGGUAAAAAGUCUUGGCGGUAGUGAGCUUACACCGAAUUCCAUAAAAAUGGCACUAGCAAGAAAUUUUGGGGGAACAAACCAAACGGAUGGGCUGUAUGAUGAACAUUUUGUCAAUGUUUUAAAAGCAUUUGAUGCAAUCGAUCAUCACCACAUUCAAUUUUCUGCUGAAGACCUUAUCAAAGCAAAUCUUAAAGAUAAGAAUGCUAGACAUCUAAUGUUAAUUGGUAAAAGUGAUUCCAUUGUCAAUAUUUUGACAUAUAAAUUGAGAUAUUGGAAUAAAGAACUAUCGGAAAAGAAAGAUAUUGAUGCUAUUGAUGAAAAGACAUCUUGGGAUUUAGAACCUGUGGUAAUUUAUGGAAGUCAGUUUCCAGAUGAUUGCGACGACGAUUAUCAGUAUGGAGUAUUGAGUCGUAUUAUGGCCGGAAGACCACUUAUCUUGACAGAUCUUGAAAUUAUAUAUGGAAGUCUUUAUGAUUUAUGGAAUCAGAAUUAUAUAACUGUUGGCAAGGAAGGUGAUAUAAAAUAUUAUACGCGAGUAGCAUUGGGAGCUUAUUCUAAUCCUAUGGUUUGUGUGCAUGAAAACUUCCGUUGCAUUUUGGUACUGGAUGAGAAAAAUGUAAAUCUGGCAGAUCCACCGCUUCUGAAUCGAUUUGAAAAACAAAAGAUGUCUAUUAAUGAUGCUUUAGACGAUUAUAUGGAAAGAUUAGUAGCAAAGCUUGCCGACUGGUCACAGCAAAUAUCAAAUUACAUAAAGAAGGGUGACACAUCCAAAUCCGAAUUUAAUGAGCAUGAUAUUUUUAUCGGGUUUGAUAAAGAAGAAACCUUACAAAGUUUGGUUAUUUAUAAUUGCAAUAACCAAGAAUUUAAUGAUGAUGAAGCCAUUCUGAAUAAGUGUAAAGAAUUGUUAAUAGGCAUUGCAACAUCAGAUGGUAUUGUGCGAUCAAAAGAAUCUAUGCUAUCACUUACAAAUCAUGAAGAAGCCCAAAACUGGUAUAAUUUCUAUUUUGAACGUUAUGAGCAACAAUAUGAAAACUUUUCCAAAUAUAUUCAAUCAUUAUUGAUCGAUAAUGGAGAGACUAUGAACAAGCAAGGAUUCAAAGUAAUAAUUAAUACAUUUUCAAAUAUCAAUACCGACAUGUCAUUCUGCUUGAAUGACUUGGACAAUAUUUUGAAAUAUCAAGUUGACAAAAUUUCAACGUUCAAAUCCGAAGCUCAGUUACAGAAUCGAAUUAAACAUUUCUGGUUAGAAUCGGAUGAUGAAAUAUUAAUACUUCAAUGUGACCUCUCAAUUGUUAAUUCUGGAUGUAUUAAACUUGCGAAGUUCAUUAUUGAACAAUAUAGAAAUGAAUAUUUGUCUGCAGACAAAUUUUUAGAAAACCCUAAGCCAUUAAAGCAUGUUUGCAUUAUUCUUCACGUGCAACGAAACAAUGAUACUAAACCAUCAUUUAAUUUUAUGUGUGGUUGGGAUUUAGUUACUAUUGAAACCUUGGAGCCUCAAAAACAUCACCUUAUGGAUUAUCUAAAUAGAAACAUUGCUCAGAUACUUGAUAAUACAUAUACAUUUGAGGAGAUUAUUGAACAAGAAUUAUUUUGGUGCUUACUUUGUAUGCGAUUUCAAUCGUCUAACUCUGUUGAUUAUAUAAAAUUUCUUUUCCAACAAAUACCACAACAUGCUACACUAAUCGAAUGCUUAAAGACCAGAUCACUUGAAUGGCUUCAGGAAAACAUACCUGAUAAUUGGCAAUUUCAAGUAGCAACAAACAAAACUAGUUUACAUUUAUAUUCAUCAUUUUCCGUUGCUCUUCAAACAUACAUUCGUGACCUGGUUAGAAAACCAAUUGCUAAACUUCUCUGUGCAUUGGAGAGAUUAUCAGGUCUUUCAACUCUUUUUAAUAAUAACCUUCUGAAGCGUGAUGAUCCAGAGCCCAGAGUUGACUUACUCGAAUUUUGGAAAAAAAUAUUUAUGGAUCCUAAAAUCGUUAAUAUAGAAUUCUUGCUAGAUCCACGACCAGAUAGAUAUUUUAUACAAAACAAAAAACAAGAUUUAGUUUUUCCUUUCUCAAUAUAUAUUAUGGGCCAAAUUGAUAAAUUCAGAAGAUUAUAUGAAGAAGACUUGGCAACAUUAGAAGAAAAGGAAGAAAACCUGAAUGAUGAUGGAGAGUUAAAAGCCACUAUUAUUGAUGACUGUAUAGAAAGAUUUUCUGCAAACAUCAUGUCAGCAGUUCCAAUAUUGAAGUUACCACAUUUGAUUGAAUCAGCUGAAUUAUAUUUCAAGGAUUUCUUAUCAGUAUUUUCACCAACAUAUAAUGACAAUAAAUUCUUAUCUUGGAUCAUCAGUCAUAAUAUGGGACAACAAAUACCGAACCCUUUUAGACUCCAUGUAUAUUGGUGGAGUAAUUCUGAAAUUGCGUUAACCGAAUUGCAAUUGUCAAUAUUAUGUCCUACAGUAAUUGAAGAGAUGCUUAACUUGGAAUUUGAACAAAGCAAGGAGUUAGACUUUGAACGAUGUUUAUUAGAACAAAUUUCAAAAAUGAUGAUAAAAAAGCUUUGUACAAUUGAUAUAAAUGAUAUAAAUGACAUAAACCGUAUAAAAAAUCAACUUUUGAUAUGGCAACGUGACACCACAUAUAUUUUAUCUUUAUCAAGCAAAUUACCUAAUUCUUAUGAUAACCCAGCUACUCAUAAGUUGCGAAUAUACAAUGAUCUUUCAAAAUCUCUUGAACUGCAAAAACUUAUUGAGAUUCGAAAUCUUGAAAAAGAUGAAGACAAUGAAAACGAUGAAGAAGUAUUUUCAGAACAAUUUGUAGAUAUAGUAUUCGAAAAAUUGUAUGAGUUACAACAAACAGAAGAUAAUUUAUCAUUGCAACAAUCUUUCACAAAUAGAU